GACAUUUUAUUUACUUUGAGUAGAGAUUUGAUCCUUGCUGUUUCUGUUGAGGGUCAUUAUGUGGGGCCCCUCUCUGGUGUGGCUGCUGCUGCUCAGCCUCCUGCCUCUGAAGGUCCAGACCCGGGUUCUGACAGCGCAGGGAGGUCACAGAGACAGGUUGAGUUUAUCCAGAACGUCUGAAUUAGAGCCGUCUUCCCCUGGCAUCCUUCCGACAGCGUCUGAUCCUUCUGCCGCCAUCGAGAAUCAAAUCCCAGACCAAGUCUGGAGAGCCUCAUGGCACAAAGACCCCUCACUGAAGUCAUCUGACCUGUCGCUUUAUGGGUACAACCUGCAGCUGCAGGUGCCAAUCUGGAAGCGUGGGUCACGGGGUCGUCGUCAUGCCAACAGCAGUGGUGCGAGGGGUCAUGGUCACCUGAUGAGGGUGGGGUGCGCCCUUGGCACCUGUCAGGUGCAAAACCUCAGCCAUCGGCUCUACCAGCUGAUUGGACAGAGCGGGAGGGAAGACUCUUCCCCUAUAAACCCCCGCAGCCCUCACAGCUAUGGCUGAGCCCCCGGGGCCUUCAUUUUAACAUCCAGC